UUCCCCCACCCCAAGUGCUCUCUCCUCAUUCACUCCCUCUCAGUGCUCCUGCUCUCUCGGAGGUGACUGGCGGCGAGCAGCUGCUCCUAGGGACAGCCUGAGCUGAAGGCUCUGAAGGCUGGGCUUCAACAUGUUGCAGUUGCGGUAUGUCACGGAAGAGCAGCUGGCCGGCUUCGAUCAAUAUCAGUAUAGUGCUGUAGAUACAAAUCCUUUAUCAGUGUAUAUUAUGCAGCAUCUCUGGAACAGAAUAGUUAAGAUAGUGCCACUGUGGAUUGCACCUAACUUGCUUACCUUUUCUGGAUUUUUAUUGCUUUUAAUCAAUUAUUUUGUAUUAUGCUUUUAUGACUGGGAUUAUACUGCCUCAGGUUCUAGGCUUAUUCCGAACUGGGUAUGGUGGUUUGCUGCUCUCUCUACCUUUUCUGCCUAUGCUUUAGAUUCUAUAGAUGGGAAACAUGCUAGAAGAACACAGUCCAGUAGUCCUCUGGGAGAACUAUUUGACCAUGGGUUGGAUAGCUGGGCUACUUCCCUUUUCACAAUUUCUUGGUUCUCUGUUUGUGCAAGUCCAGGGGACUCCCCAGGAUUUUCCAAGCACACGAUGUUUUUGUUCCUGAGCAUUGUUUUGCUUAACUUCAUGUUGUCCCAUUGGGAAAAAUAUAACACUGGAGUCCUUUUUCUUCCUUGGGGAUAUGACCUAAGCCAAGUGACACUGGUAGCAGGGUAUCUGCUGACGGCUAUUGUUGGUGUAGAGCUGUGGCACAAACCUUUGGUGUUUGGUUAUUAUAUUACAACUGUGUCAAUGACCUUGGUUAUAGGCUGCAGCAUUUUCCUUUCUCUCCCCCACACGUUGUACAACAUCUACAUGGCAUACCAGAAGAAAACACUGAAGAAGGAUUCUUUGUAUGAAGCUUUGCUCCCUUUGGUGUCUCCUACCCUCCUGUUUUUCCUCCUGACUGUUUGGGUGGCUUUAUCUCCAUGUGAUAUAUUAAUCAAGCAGCCCAGAUUAUUUUUAUUUAUGGUUGGUGUUGCCUUCUCCAGUGUUGCUUGUAGAGUGAUCGUCUGUCAAAUGAGCAACACCAGAUCUGAAUCAUUCCACUACCUCUUGUUUCCAUUGGCCCUGGUGGUCUUUGCGGCAGUAACAGGACUUCUUGGGAGAUUGGAGGAAUCUGUGUUCAAGGCUUUCACUGCAUUAGCCACAGUGGCUCAUGUACACUAUGGAGUGUGUGUGGGGAGACAAUUAAGUCAACACUUGAACAUUCACAUCUUUUCCAUGAAGAAACGUGCCCAGGAAUAAAUAUUUGCUGUCAAAGAACAGUCAAGAUUUGUCCUAAUGUUCCCGGAUCACAUUCUUUCUAGGAACAUUGAUACUCAGUGUACCUGAAUGACCAAAGCAUCUUCAUACACCUUAAUGAAUAUAAUGGAAUCCGUAUUUAAAGUGGUGUGCUUCUCUUGUGUCUCAAAUAUAGCUAUUCACAGAAAGAGUCUUCUUAGCCCAUUGCCAUCAUAGUCCCACGUCUACAUCUCUCCAAGCCCUGACUCACAUUCAGAAGGGCAGAGUAUUCUAACCAGCAUGGAGGGUAUGGUUCUGUGCUAAAACUCAGAGGAAACUGGCAAUGAGCAUAUGGUUCCUUUGUCAAAGAACCCUCUUAGACAACAAGGCUGUGUGCAUGAUUCUGUUAGCUCCCUCACUGGACUGCUGUGAAAACAGAAUAAAUGUCCCGGAUGUUGCAGGAUACCUGGAAUACCUUAAAAGGCAGGGGACAUCCCCUUCUGUACCUCCUCCUCCCACCUGCAAGUUGGGCAAAAGCUACAGUAAAGAAUCAUGGAACUGAUGAUCAUAGUGGACUUCAGGAAGUAACUUUUGUCAAUUAAGUUCUCAGGAACUCCAAUUUGGUAUUUUUAGUACCCCUUGAUAAGCUUAAUCCUAAAAGCAAAACCACAUGCUUUGUUUGGCAGGUACUUAAUGGAGAACUGCAGAUAAAGUCCCAAAAUUUAUUGUUUUGUCAUAGAAUAAAGACAGAAUAGCAGCUGACAUUGUAAGAGCCCUUUAAAGUUAGCCAAGUAUUUUCCAUACAUGUUAUCAUUUUUAGGCAUAGCUACAUGGAAAUAGGGAGAGUCAUUACACUGUAGCAAGGAACCCCUUGGGGAAUUAAAACCAAUAAAACUAACUGGAACAGAUUCACAAUGAAGCAUAUUAGAUUAGGACAAUCAUUAUAUUCCUUAGGAGCAAAGUGAAAUUAUCUCCAAGUAUCAUGCUUUGAUGCAGAGCUGUGUGGUCCUAAGUACUAUUUUUAAGUUCUACAUAAACUGGGUUAGUAUAAAUUUUA